AUACUAUGCUCAUCAGCUCAUUUAGUAAUUUUACACAAGAAUCCCAACAACAAAUUAUUAAGUAGUCUAGUGAUUUUCUAUUGAAAAUGAGUAGAAUGGAUGAAGUCAAUUGAUUGAGCUUCAACAGGCAGAAUCCCUCCGUCUCUGCACGGUGUACAUACCGACAGCCGGCCAAUAAUCCGGCCGAGGUGCUAAAUGAACCGUACUCCGCCGUAGUUCAACAAAAGUAAAAAAAGACCUCGCCGGGAAAACAUGAAUGCCCGGUCCGGGUCCGCACAUGAUAUACGCACUCGGAUCUGGGCUGGCCUUGAUGAGCACAUCUAGCGGCCACUUCAGCCCUCACCACUGCCUUACCUACUCCAUCAAUGCUUUCUUCGGGCCGGACAUUGGUUCCUUCUGCGAGUGGUUAUCGUCUACUCUCGGGUUGGGCGUGGAUUUAGGAUCACCAAUUGAGCCAUGGAUCCACGACCCUUUCUACUAUUUCCUCAUUCUGGGCUUCCCUCUUUCUCUGCUCUACAGCUUGGCCUCCAAGUUCCUCCUCCGCAAAGGGUUUCUUGAUUCCAUUUCCAGGGUUCCUCUUACAAAGAUGCAGUGUUUUUUGUUGGUGGCUGCUGGUUCUUUAUCACAUUUUUUCUUGGACCAUUUGUUUGAGAUUUGGAUUAGAGGAAUCAGAACUGAAAUGCUUCUUUUUGGGUUCAAUGAAAGUAUGGAUUUGGACAGAGCUAAGUGAAGGGCGCAUACACGUGUGGAUAAUUGAUUCCUUUUCUUCCUAUUCUCUUUCUUCUUUUAUCUUUUAUUUUAUUUAUCAUUCUAUGUUCUUAUAUUCAUCUUUUAUUUUUGUUGUGUUCUUUAUCUCUUUUAUCUAUAUUAUGUUCUUACGUUAUUUUUCUUAUAUGAUAGCAUUGAUCAAUUCAUGUUAGCCAACUCCAAAUGCUUUUGGGAAUAAGGCUUGAAUGUUGUUGUUGUCACUAGAGAUGGGUUCGUCUUCAACCUUGGUCCGCCAUCCACUUCACCCGCCUUGACUGAAGAAUAUGAGUUCUUGGAGCGGCGGAGGGGCGCAGCUUAGCGGCAGCGACUUGGAGUGCGGUUGGCAGCGACCGUGGAGGGAACUGGUUUGGCAGCGACAAGGAGGGGUCUGAGACAGUGUUGGCGAACAGGGAUCGGGACGACGGCGACGUUGAUGGCUUGGGACGGCAGCAACACACGGGUCUAGGGAUGGAGGUUGCGUGCUGCGAGGUCGAUUUUUGGCGAUGCCCGCAGAGAACUAGCGAGGGAUUGGGGGUGGCCGUGAAAUCUGCGAGUAGAUGGACUGGUGGCGGCGGCCGUGCUAUUGGACGGCGGCGGACGGUGAGCCGGCGGCAGCAAGGCGUGCGGGGAGCGCAGGAAGCCAGAGAUCUUUUGCGUCUAGUUGCUAAGGUUGGAGAAAAAGGGUAGGAGCUUAGGGUUUUAUAGAUAUAACAUAAAGGGUAUAUUUGUCCAUGGAAAUAAUUUAAUUAUUUAUUAAUUACGAAUUUUAAUUAAAUAAUACAAAUUUAGGUAAUAUUUUGAGAAAAAAACUAGUUUGGUCUUAGAUUGGGAAAGUGAAAGUGUUUUAGUCAUAUGGGGGAUAAUUAUUUCUUUAUCUAAAUAGUGUUAUAUCCAAUGUGAAGCAAAGUGUUAAAUCUAAAGAGGC